AUGGCUAAGGGCCUCAUGCGAAAUGCCCGAGCGUUCACCUUCAGGAAGUCGUCGUCGCCUCUGCAGAGCAUGGUGACCAUACUAUUGUUCAUAUCAGUCGUCCUCAUCCUGCGCCUUGCCCUCAGCAUAUUCUCACUCCCCGUCGACCGCGACUCCCCCAAGAUCAACCACCCUGUAUAUGCGUCCCCGACGGCGAGGAGGAAGGUUGUCGAGAGGUAGGCGAUGCUGAUCCCGUCCCCAAUCGCUGCCAUUUCCGCCUUGGCAGGACGGCGGUCUAACUUGCUGGAGGAGGCAUGGCCGAUGGGUUUAGAAUUUGACAUCGUGUUUCCUUUUCAGCGAUGGAUUGGGUCAGAGAGGGAGACAGUGGACGGAGGUCGUCUCCUGGGAGCCGAGGGCGUUCGUCUAUCACAAUUUCCUGGUGCGCCAUUUGUCUCUGAACUUACCCGAAAAGAUUUUCGCCUUCCCUGUUCUUCGCUGCCUGAGUUUUCGUCCCGCCCGCUGGGGAUGGUCGCCGAGGCAGUUUGAUGCCCUUCCUCAUCGAUUCAUCCUUUGAUCCGGACGGCCAAAUGAAACUAAAAGGUCUACGCUGUGCAAGGGUCUGACAGGCAGCAUGGGAAUAUCCUAAUGUUGACUUUUCGCGUUCUUACCGAGCUGAUUUUGACUGUUGAUCCUUCUUCACCUCCCCUGUUUCUUGCGUUCUUCACGCUAAACAUAAGUUGGUAAUACUCGUAGUCAAUAAAAAUUUAAUUUCAGCAUUUCUAAAUCAUAAUACGUAAUUAACACAAAUUCAAAUUUUCGGUUUGACCCUGAGUUGGUCUAUGGUCGUCGCAAGCGUUCUAUUUAUCCAUUUUGUGCUUUUUUUUUUUAAGGGAAUGAUUCAUGAACUUGCUCAAUUCCUGUGCAGUCUGCUGAGGAGUGCGAGUAUCUAAUUGAGAUGGCAAAGCCUCGAAUGAUAAAGUCAACGGUUGUUGACAGCAAAACUGGCAAAAGCAUGGACAGCAGGUUUGCGCAUUUUACUUAUCUCAUUCCUAGUCAUUUUAUCUUUGAGAAUUUCCUCGUAAUUCCCACAUCAGUUCUAGAAAUGACAAAGAAGGCUUUAAUUCUUCCGUUGAUCCUGCUAUGAUCUUUACUCCAUGAGAUCCAUCUUCCCACCAAGUUUAGGUUCCUAAAGUCAACUGUGAAGUCAAACAAAGACUUGCGAAUUAGUGUUUUUAUGUUUAUUCAAGUAAUAAAUUUAUUCUUCCGAGAUUCUGAACCAGUUCAUCCGACAGGGUUCGCACCAGCUCUGGAAUGUUUUUUAGUAGGGGGCAAGACAAGGUUAUACGUGCCAUUGAGAAAAGAAUUGCAGAUUUCACCUUCAUUCCUGUCGGUAAGUUAUGAGAAAAAUGGCCGCAUUAAUCAGCAAUAUUGCCAUAUAUUAGAGCAUUAUUUUACCGUCUCACUUGCAUUUCAUUUUUUCUGUUUAUUUUUGCCGGAGCUUCAAUUAUACUGAUUCUUCCACUAUAACGGCAAAUUGUGUUCUUGGUUCUUCAUCUCAUUUAAAAAAAAAAAAAGUGAAAAAUAAGGGAAUCUUUUUUUUCACAUAAUUCAUAUAAUUUCAUUUUUUCUGUUUAUUUUUGCCGGAGCUUCAAUUAUACUGAUUCUUCCACUAAAACGGCAAAUUGUGUUCUUGGUUCUUCAGCUCAUUUAAAAAAAGAAAAAAUGAAAAGAAGGGAAUCUUACGUUCCCGCACAGCACAAAAAUCACCAGUGCGCUGAAAUUAUCAGUUUUUGGUCGUUGCUUCACGGGCAUUGCAGUGGUCGGAUUUGCGCCAACAGAAACCGCAAUUACCAAGCAAAAUGAGUUAAUCUUUCUUAUUGUAAUUUUAGUGACUGAAUAAAAUUGAGAUUUUCUCCACUUAUUUCGUAUAUUUUUCUACAAAUUUCUUAUAUAUUUUAUUUUGCGCCAAUCCAACACAAGUAUUUAUUUCUUUCAUUUUAAAAAAUGGAUUUGUUUUCAUAUAAUUCAUAUUGACAAUGGUGUAUUGAAAAAAUAUAAUUGUGAAAUAAACACAAACAAUACAAAGAUACAUCUUUAUUUUUUGACUUAGAUAGCCAAACUAUUCUUCCAUUUUUGCAUUCUGUCUAUUCAUCGGCACUUGUCAUUGAUACUGGAACAACUGUCCCAUUUGCUCGAGGACCAUAGAUCAUAGGCAUCGGACAUUCUAGUCCUCCCCUUCCAUGAAAUCUGCGAUCCUCGCAGUUGUUCUAGUUGGAAUGGUCUCAGAAAAUCCUGAUUUAUCGACUCUGUAUUGAGUAUUUUGACUUCGAUGUAUGAUAAAGUAUAAACAUUCACAUUGCAUUAUAUAUAUAUAUAUAUAUAUAUUUAUUUUUCUACAACUUAUACUCACAGACAAGCGGCUGCGUUCAUAGUUUUCGUCUUCAUGACCUCUGGUCACUACUGCGUUCUUACGUCGGAACUGAUCUUGGGGUUGACAGAGCAUGGGGAGGGCCUUCAAGUUCUCCACUACGAAGUUGGACAAAAGUAUGAACCCCACUUUGACUACUUCCAGGAUGAAUUCAACACCAAGAACGGGGGUCAACGGAUGGCUACCCUCCUCAUGUACCUGUACGCUUCGAAAUCCUUGUUUCAUAUCACUCUCCGUUUUCUGAAAAAAAAAAAAUCUGAUUUUUUUUUCUUCGUGAUCUGCAGUUCAGACGUCGAAGAAGGUGGUGAGACCAUCUUCCCCACCGUCAAAGUAAACAGCAGCACUCUGCCGCACUACAAGGAGCUCUCUGAGUGUGGCAGGAGGGGACUUGCUGUCAAACCGAAGAGGGGGGACGCCCUACUUUUCUGGAGCAUGAGGCCAGACGCAUCUCUCGACCCGGCUAGCUUGCAUGGUGAGCCAUUUCAGCCAUCUGUCGAACAAAAAAUCGGAGAAAAUCCGUAGAAUUUUGACUGGUCUUCCACUGAAUGCUCAUCAGCUCAUUCAGGAUAUAAAACACCGAUUAAGCUAAAAUAGAGAAAUACGUAAUUUAAUGAAUGCACCUUCGUUGAAUUUUUAUUUUUUUUUCUUCUAAGUUCUCUGUUUUGUCCUGCAGGAGCGUGCCCCGUUAUCAAGGGGAACAAAUGGUCAUGCACCAAGUGGAUGCACAUCCACGAGUACAAAGCUUAA